AUGAACCAUGGCUUUGUAGGUCUCCAACGUCGUCAAGAGAUUCGAUCGCCCACCCCGACCCACAACGUCGCGCCUCCAAAAUGGACACUCUCCGCCGGCUGCUUGCAUUCACUCGUCCUCCGCGUCGGCCCGCUCAACGAAGCCACGGCCGUGCAGUACGCGCUCCAGAUCGUCCACGGAUUGCAGUACGUGCACAGCAGCAACGUCUGCGUGGCAAACGUUGCUGCUGUGCACAGCUCUAAUAUUGGCCACGACGGUCAGAUGCGCAUUGCCGACUUUGGCUUGUCCUACGCGCACCCAGCGCCAGAAGGCAUCAUCGUCGGCACCCGCGGUACUCCGUUCAACUGUGCGCGAGAGCUCUGGGCCGAGGAGCCCAUUGUUUCCGACAAGAUGGUUGAUGUCUGGGCCCUUGGCAUCGUCAUCUACGAGAUGCUCACGUUGAGCGGCUUCUGGGAGAACGGAUGCCGAAACGAUGGAGCCGAUCCUCUCGGCUCCAUGUCGCUUGCAUAG